CCGAUCACCAUAUCGAAUUCGCCUCUGCCUCUUCAUACGGUGUGGCAUACAAUUUUGUCGCGGACAUUGUUACAAACGGCAAAAAGUGCGAUGCUGAUGAUGAGUUAGAUCUUUUUUCAUUCAUUGGCCAUGGUGCGGCCGGGGCCGCAACUACGAUUUAUAAUCAUCCAUCUAAUUUUGGUCGCGCACGGGCUACACAUUAUUUCAGCUGAACAAAAUGUCGGUUGCUUUUUUAGCGAACGACUUUGCGUGGAAGAUGAAUGGUGUUACGAUGACUUUGCAUUUGGACGCUGCUUACCGUCAGUGGAAAAUCUAGACAAAGAAGAUCUUUACAGGUAUGAUCUCGAAAAGGAAGAGCUUCACGAGCUUAGUAGAGAGUUACGACGACUUUUCGCUCUUGGAUACCGUUGGAGUCACGGUUACACCCAAUGCCGACUCCAAGCUAUGCUCUACUCACUUAAAAACGACAUAGACUUUGAAUUGGAUUCAUGCACGCAUCUUACCGAUAACGACCUGGAAGGGGCGCUAAAGGCUCUAGAGGGCCAAGUAGAGUUAAAUCCACAGGAAAUAGCUAUCAUCAAGUACACUCCUAGCGCCGAGAACGAGCAUACAGAAUAUGCGGACGAAGUAUACUAUCCGCCUAGCGACAACAGAGCGCGUGAGGAACUGAGAAAGCAAAUUUUGGGUACCAACCCCGUCGGAAUAAUGGACAUGGGCGAUCCUUAUGCGGAUUACGCAGCAGUGAAAAGAAAGUGGAUUCCGCCGAUGAAGCGUCACUCUGUUACGCCUUUUUUCGAUGAAAGGUAUGGAAUUAAGAAAUAUCAUGGAUUCGAGUCCAGCGAAAUCGAUCCCGCGGAGCUGAAAAACUACGACUUACUUGAAGACGACAAUAUACAAACGGGUGUAGGGAAUCCAAAACCUACAAUAAAAUUUUUGGACAUGCGGCUGACACCGGACGAAAUCCACGAAUUUUUAAGUCCCGAAAACUACGAAAAACUUCAAAAACUUCUGGCACGCUUUGAGGAAGGGAACCGUCUUUAUCCAGAUAUGCUUCCGAAGAAACUGUUUCAGCAGAGAUUGGCCGAUCUAAGAGAGCGAUUCCCUUACAAUAUUCGGAAUAACAUCAGGGACGGAUAUGAGUCUAGAGAUGUAAUCUCUAGCGACGAGGUGUUGUCCGAGCCAAGAAUUUACUACAAUGAAGACCAAGUAGAGCAACUCGAGUCCGAUACCGAUAACGGACAACCAUCAGAAAUGUUUACAGAAGGCAAAUUGGACUUUCCAAUACCGAAGCGACAGUUUUUUCGCGAAAUGGAACAAAGGCAAAAGCAGGACAAUGAAAAGAUCGAUCGAAAUUGGGAAAAACUUCAGGAAAAACCCGUCGUCUACAGUGAGGGCGGAGCUGAACCUGGAGCUGUUGAAACUCAGGAAGAACUAAUAAACCUCCGGGUUGACUUGGACAACAUAUUGGAUGAUAUGGGUUUCAAACGCCCGGAGAGGUUAGACGUUAAAAAACCAGGUCCGCCAUUCGAUACACAAAUUACGGGAUUGAAGGAAAGAGCCGAUCUGAAGCGUAGAUUAUCCCAAAAGGACUUCAUACCGUCUAUGAUAAAAAAGGAACCCAGAGCGGGUGGAAAUCCGAACAUGUAUAGCGAUAACCAAUCAAAAGAUUCGGAGGGAGCGUAUGUGCAUAUAGAAUUUAAAAAGUACCUUAGAGAUUGGAAACUGGGGAAGGACAUAAUCAGAAAUAUAUCGAAUCUCCUUCAUAUGGAACCCAACGAUUUCGUCGACGGCCACGUCUGGACAAACUCCGUCGCCUUUAAGGUCAAUCCAAACAAUAACCGGGGAUACAAUGAGAGUGACGUCGCUAGACGAAUAGAAACGAUUCAAGAGGAAUUGGAGAAGCUUUCGGGAGUUGAAAUAGUGUCUGUCGGCGUGGGAACCAAAGUGAAAAUGCAGACCGUCCUGUUUAAUCGCAUCGUUACGGAGAACCAAUACAUCGUCCUCUUCUUGGUGUGCGGCGUGUUGGUUGCUUUGAUCUUGGCUACGAUAGUUCUCACGCUUAUCAGACGCCACGUCAAGUCCAAAGAAAAGCUUCGAGGCUUGUCGCGACCUGAGACCGAAGCUAGUAAAGACUACCAGGAUCUUUGUCGGGCAAGGAUGGCAACCAAAGGACAAGGCGGUGGCAGUGAAUCGGCAGCGGAUAAAGGCAGAAUAACGUCUCUAUCGAAAGAGUCGGAACAAAGUCCGUCGAGUAGAUCCAGCACGUCUUCUUGGAGCGAAGAACCAGCGUUGCACAAUAUGGACAUUUCGACUGGACAUAUGGUUCUUAGUUACAUGGAGGAUCAUUUGAAAAAUAAAGACAGGUUGGAGCAAGAGUGGGUCGCACUAUGUGCAUAUGUCGCCGAACCCUGCGAAUCAUCAGUCGCCUUAAGGAAGGAAAAUAUCGAGAAAAACCGAUACCCGAAUGUCGUUCCUUAUGAUCAUGCGCGAGUCAUCCUUAACGAGCUGUCCAACGCUUCAGAUUCAGACUAUAUUAACGCGUCCAGCAUUACGGAUCACGAUCCCCGGAAUCCCGCCUACAUUGCAACCCAAGGACCGCUACCCCAUACCGCGUCUGAUUUUUGGCAAAUGAUCUGGGAACAAGGAGCUGUCGUUAUAGUAAUGCUGACUAGACUGACUGAAGGAGGAACCGCUAUGUGUCACAGAUAUUGGCCGGAAGAAGGGUCGGAAGUCUAUCAGAUUUACGAAGUACAUCUGGUGAGUGAACAUAUAUGGUGUGACGAUUACUUGGUCAGAUCGUUUUAUUUAAAAAACGUGAGGACCAGUGAGACAAGAACGGUCACCCAAUUCCACUUCUUAUCUUGGCUUGAGGCUGGCGUUCCGAUUUCCACCAAAGCUCUCCUCGAAUUCAGGCGAAAAGUAAAUAAAUCGUACCGAGGUCGAUCCUGUCCAAUAGUCGUGCAUUGUAGCGACGGCGCUGGUCGAACUGGAACUUACUGCCUCAUUGAUAUGGUGCUGAGCAGGAUGGCGAAAGGAGCCAAAGAAAUCGACAUUGCAGCUACGCUUGAACAUUUGAGAGAUCAACGUCCAAAGAUGGUGGCGACGAAACAACAGUUUGAAUUCGUGCUGACCGCCGUCGCAGAGGAAGUGCACGCCAUCUUGAAAGCGCUGCCACCGCAACCAUUGGCCCCCCCUCAAGAUAAACAAGAGAAAUAAACUUCCGCUUAAAUCAUGACAAAUCUAGUAACGCUCAGACAAUAAGCGACACUCAAUAAAAACUUCCAUCCUGUAUAUUGAGGGUUAGCUUAAGAUCGCAGGCCUCUAUCUAAUUGGCCGUAGGUAUAUACUAUACAAUACUAUCGCGAUAUCGAAAUCGGCUAUUUUUAUAAGGAUAUAAAUAUUGUUCAAACAAUUAAUGACAUUAAUUAGACGAAUUUGGAAAAUAUUUUUUGUUUAGAAAUUUUACUAUUCGCAAAGUAGUGUCCUCCGAUUUUGAUAUCACGUCAACGCAUUUUAUUCAAAAAUAUACAUCCCAAACCUUCUUAAAUACAUAUCUGUUCAUUGACCAGGUUUCCCUAAAUCGAAAAAAAUUAUAAAGAGUAAAUAAAAAUUUACGUCGUUCUCAAAGUAUUGUUAUGAAAAUGCGGCGCUUAACAAAAUAAUUAUAGCCAGAAAACGCAAAGAAUGUAUUGUUGUAAAUCGGUGUUCUUAAAAUUAUAUUAUAAAUUUUAUUAGUCUAAGUUCGUUAAAUAAUUUACGAAAAAAUGUUUUAUUGUGUGUCCCGAGUAUUCAAUUUUAACUUCUAUUCUCCAAAAAAAACUGAUUCUACGUUAUGGAAGUAUAUGUGUAUGUAUGAAAAGUAAUAACCUAUGCGGUGAUUUCCAAAGCCUAACUGAAAGCUGCGGUAAUUUAUUUCGUUAGAGUUAACAAUUAUCAGGGUUGGCCGAACGACAGCAAGUAACAUAAAUGGAAAAUGGGAUCAUACCGCAGCUUCCCACUUCAUGAUGAUUUCUUAUUUGUUCCGUAUUUUUGGUAUCCAGCCUCUCAAAAGUGCGGACACAAUUUUGGAAACCGACAAUUAGAUACAAUGAUCCCGACUGAUAUUUAUUUCUACAUGUUCAACUAAUAAGAGAGUUUUAAUCAUAGAGAGAGGUAUAAUUACAAAGGUUUUAAGCUAUAUUAUAAUAUUCAAAUAUAUUUUGUCAAAUUACAGAAUAAGAUGUUAUAACGAUAAUAUUAUAUACUUAAUGAAGAUGAUUAAUUAUUAUCUGUGUACUGAUUGAUCCUAUUUCAAAAAUUAGACUAGCAGAAUGAAUAUGUAUACAAACAGCA